AUAAAAAACUAAACACAAAAAUAGAAAAUAUCGAAAAUGAGAUGAGAGAGAGAGGAGGAGUCUCUCAUCGUGAGUAGGGCUUUUGACUCCCUCCCUACUUUGCCUACUUCUUCUUCUUCCUCUGUGGCCACUCUACACAGUCCACACCUACUUCAAGACACCUUUCUCAUCCUUGAGAUCGGCGUCAGAUCCUCCGCCGCUUCUCCUCUUCACUAUCUCCGGUCACAACUUGUUUUUCUCUGUUUUUCUUUAUCUCUACUUUAUGCACAAUCUGACUUUCUAAGUGGAUUUACAGUGUUAAAGAUGAUGGAAUCUGGCGCUGGUUUCGUGGCCAUGGAAGAGAGGAUCUCUCCUGGAAGUUUCUUCCAGUAUCCUCUUUCUGGAUUCCGUGCUUCUCCUAAUCGAUCCCCUUGUCCUCCCUCUGAUCGUGAAAGGUACUUGACUGAAUUAUUGCAAGAGAGACAAAAGUUGGGUCCCUUUUUGCAAGUUAUGCCAAAUUGCUGCAGACUGCUUAAUCAUGAAAUCAGGAGGGUCUCUAGUUUUCCUGAUCUUGAUAGAUAUGAGCAUGGCAGUCCAUUUAGAUCGCUUGGUCAGCCGACAAAUGGAAAGCUUGAUUUAGAGGGAUGGUCGAUGAUGCAAGCCGAGGAAAACUGUCACCUCCAGAGAGCUUCUCCAUUUCGCGGUCCUUCCCCAGUGGGCUGGAUUGGGAUGCCGGGACUCCCUAACCCACCCAUUGUGAAAAAAGUGAUUAGACUUGAUGUCCCAGUGGAUAAAUAUCCAAGCUAUAAUUUUGUUGGGAGGAUUCUUGGGCCACGUGGAAACUCCCUAAAAAGAGUUGAGCUAGCAACCCACUGCAGGGUGUUUAUCAGAGGACGAGGAUCUGUGAAGGAUACUGUCAAGGAGGAAAAAUUAAAAGGUAAGCCAGGGUACGAGCAUCUCUGCGAGCCACUACAUGUACUGAUCGAGGCCGAGCUUCCAGAAGACAUAAUAAACUCUCGAUUGGAGCAUGCAGUGCAUUUCCUGGAAUCACUCCUGAAGCCGAUGGACGAGUCAAUGGAUCACUACAAGAGGGAACAGCUGAAGGAGUUAGCGGCUUUGAAUGGUACACUAAGGGAGGAGAGUCCGAGUCCGAGCUUGAGCCCUUGUUUGAGCCCCAGCAUGUCCCCUUUCAACAGCAAGCGUGCUAAGACAGAGAUAUGAUCAAGAGAAACCACUAGUGCAUGGGUCUUGUGGGCAGGAUCAUGAGUUUGCUAAGUUCUAACGUUUGGACUCUUGAAUUAAUUUAUUUUGUCAUUAACUUUAUUCUUUAUUUUUGUUGGUUAGCUGAGAUGACCAUUAACCAGUGGGUAAUAAACUAAUAAUGGUGUUUAUGAAAUUGUAAUCUCCUUCUCAAUCAUUGUAACCUUUAUUUAAGUUUUAAACCCCAAACGUUUAUUUCAUUUUAAGUUUUGAAAUUUCUCCA